GGUCUUUUAAAAUGUUGCCCUGUAAGAAGAGGAGAACUACAAUGGCAGAUUCUCCACAGCAUGAGGACAACCAGGAGGAUGAAGAUACAGAUCUAGAGUCAACAAUUAAACUAGAAUCUGACCAGGUUAAAGACUUGGUGUCUGAGUCACUGUCCUGGGGUACAGUUCAUGGCAGAGCAGCUGGCCUUGAAGUACAGUCUGUGCAGGGUGCAGGAAAUCAGCCUGGUAUGGAGGAUCUAUCUUUAAGCUCUUGUGUGGCACAAGAUGCCCCAGCUCUAGAGGCUGUUGAUGUGGCUGUCUCUCAGGGAGUCACACUGUCAUCCUUGGAGUCUGUUGACAUACACAAUGGUAAAGGAAAAUUCCAGACUACUGGCUCAAGGAGAGGCAAGAAAAUGAUUGUCAAGCCCUGGCCAGAUAUUCAAGAAGAUAGUGGUGAUCCAUCUUCUAUCACAAAGGAUCCUCUUUCAGGAGAGCCUAUUGAAGAAGUCAAGGAAGAAGGAGGAAAACCUCAAAUGCAUUCUGGAAGGGAGCUGCCUUCACUGCCCUCUGGCAGCAACUCUGCAAAACCAGGAGCCCAGCCUAGGAAACCAGCUCAGCCAGAUGUCUAUGCUUUACCUCAAGAGAAGCCCCUCAGGACUCACCAAGCUGAGGAAGAGAUAGACGAUGGUGGACUCUUUAUCCCAAUGGAAGAACAAGACAGUGAAGAAAGUGAGAAGAGACGGAAAAAGAAGAAGGGUACCAAGAGAAAACGAGAUGGAAGAGGUCAAGAAGAAGGGACUUUGACUUAUGACCUGAAACUGGAUGAUAUGCUUGACCGUACCUUAGAGGAUGGUGCCAAGCAGCACAACCUAACAGCAGUCAAUGUGCGAAACAUCCUUCAUGAAGUAAUCACAAAUGAACAUGUGGUAGCAAUGAUGAAAGCAGCCAUCAGUGAGACGGAAGAUAUGCCACUGUUUGAGCCCAAAAUGACACGCUCUAAAUUGAAGGAAGUCGUGGAAAAAGGAGUGGUAAUUCCAACAUGGAAUAUUUCACCAAUUAAGAAGGCCAAUGAAGUUAAGCCUCCUCAGUUUGUGGAUAUCCAUCUGGAAGAAGAUGAUUCCUCAGAUGAAGAGUACCAACCAGAUGAUGAGGAAGAAGAUGAGACCGCUGAAGAGAGUUUAUUGGAAAGUGAUGUUGAAAGCACUGCCUCAUCUCCACGUGGGUCAAAGAAAUCCAGACUGAGGCAGUCUUCUGAGAUGACUGAAACUGAUGAGGAGAGUGGCAUAUUGUCAGAGGCUGAGAAAGUUACUACACCUGCUGUCAGGCACAUCAGUGCUGAGGUAGUGCCCAUGGGGCCCCCGCCCCCUCCAAAGCCCAAACAGACCAGGGACAGUACUUUCAUGGAGAAGUUGCAUGCAGUAGAUGAGGAGCUGGCUUCCAGUCCUGUCUGUAUGGAUUCUUUCCAGCCUAUGGAUGACAGCCUCAUUGCAUUCCGAACGCGAUCCAAGAUGCCUCUGAAGGAUGUUCCUCUGGGGCAACUAGAAGCAGAGCUUCGAGCUCCAGACAUCACCCCUGACAUGUAUGACCCUAACACGGCAGAUGAUGAGGACUGGAAGAUGUGGCUGGGGGGACUCAUGAAUGAUGAUGUGGGGAAUGAGGAUGAAGCAGAUGAUGACGAUGAUCCAGAGUAUAAUUUCCUGGAAGAUCUUGAUGAACCGGACACAGAGGAUUUCCGCACUGACCGGGCAGUAAGAAUCACCAAAAAGGAAGUGAAUGAACUGAUGGAAGAGCUCUUUGAAACUUUUCAAGAUGAGAUGGGAUUCUCCAACAUGGAAGAUGAUGGACCAGAGGAGGAGGAACGUAUGACUGAGCCUCGACCUAACUUCAAUACCCCUCAAGCCCUACGGUUUGAAGAGCCACUGGCUAACUUGCUAAAUGAGCAACAUCGGACAGUGAAGGAGCUCCUUGAACAGUUGAAGGUGAAGAAAUCUUUAGGCAAGCAGCAGCCAGAGGUAGAGAAGGUUAAGCCCCGGAAAGUUCAACAAACUUUGAUUCUGGACCUAGCACAGAGGAAGAGACUCCAGCAGCAAAUGCAGCAGCAUGUUCAGCUCUUGACACAAAUUCACCUCCUUGCCACCUCCAACCCCAAUCUUAGUUCAGAGGCUGCUACUACCAAGAUAUUUCUGAAAGAGCUAGGAACCUUUGCUCAAAGCUCCAUCGCCCUUCAUCAUCAAUUCAACCCCAAGUUUCAGACUUUGUUCCAGCCCUGUAACCUGAUGGGAGCUAUGCAGCUCAUUGAAGACUUCAACACACAUGUCAGCAUUGACCAGAGUCCUCGUAAAACUGUCAGGAAGACUGCCUCUGAAUUUCCCUGUUUGCCAAAGCAAGUAGCUUGGAUCCUGGCCACAAACAAGGUUUUUAUGUAUCCUGAGCUGCUUCCAGUAUGCUCUUUGAAGGCAAAGAAUCCUCAGGAAAAGAUCUUUUUUACCAAGGCUGAGGACAAUUUGUUAGCUUUAGGACUGAAGCACUUUGAAGGGACUGAGUUUCCUAAACCUCUAAUCAGCAAAUACCUUCUAACCUGCAAGACUACUCAGCAACUGACUGUGAGAAUCAAGAACCUCAGCAUGAACAGGUCUCCUAACAACAUUGUCAAAUUUUAUAAGAAGACCAAACAGCUGCCGAUCUUAGUGAAGUGUUGUGAGGAAAUUCAGCCCCAUCAAUGGAAACCACCAGUGGAGAGGGAAGAACACCGGCUUCCGUUCUGGUUAAAGGCCAGCCUGCCAUCCAUCCAGGAGGAGCUGAGGCACAUAGCUGAUGGUGCCAGAGAGGUAGGAAAUGUGACUGGAAUUGCUGAGAUCAACACGGACCCAGGCCUAGAAAAAGGCAGUUCAGAAUUGGGCAGUGAAACUUGGUAUCCACUGCUGUUGCCAAAGGGUGUAGUGCUGAAACUGAAGCCAAUUACCAACCAUUUUUCCAGGAAGGGUCGAAGACAAAAGCGAUCAUCAGCCACGAAGCCUCUUGCUGGCAGACCCAGCACUUCUCUCCAGCCUAGCUCCAACUCUGGGAAAACACCAGUUAGGCUGACUCAGUCAGAGGCCCCUCCGAGCAAAAUGGUGGUCCGGAUUCCUCAGCUAAUCCAGCCAGCCACUGUCUUACAGACAGUGCCAGGUGUCCCUCCACUAGGCAUGCCGGGGACUGAGAGUUUUGAGUCUGCAACCGCACUGCCUUCUACACCCCCUAAGGCCAGGGCCAGCUUCCCUGUGUCUGAGACCCAGACCCUACUCUCCAGUGUCCCUGUGCCUAAGGUUAUGCUGCCCUCACUUGCCUCUUCUAAGAUUCAAAAGCCAUGUGUGAAACGGAAAGGUCCCAAGAGAAAGGGGGCUAAGACCUCUCUUUGUCUGGAGGCUGCCCCCCUCAUCCAUACCACACCUGUUAUCUUCACCGUUCCUGCCACCACUGUGAAGGUUGUGAGCCUUGGCAGUGGCUGCAAUGUGAUUCAGCCUGUCAAUGCAGCUGUGGCCCAGAGUUCUCAGACCAUUCCCAUCACCACCCUCUUGGUUAACCCUACUUCUUUCCCCUGUCCUUUGAACCAGCCCCUUGUGGCCUCUUCCAUCCCACCCUUAAUUGUUUCUGGCAAUUCUGUGAAUCUUCCUGUACCUUCCACCCCUGAAGACAAGGCCCAGGUGAAUGUGGACAUUGGUUGUCCUUUGAGUGAAGGGAAAAAUGCCUUUCAAGGCUUACAACCCAAAUUAGAACCCCUGGAGCUGUCUCCCCUCUGUGCUACUGUCUUCCCCAAAGAGGAGCACAGCCCAGGGCCUCCACCAACUGGUAGAGUGUGUCAGGAAGAAUGGUCAGAGAACAAUGCCUAUGGCUGGACAAUUGUGAAAACAGAGGAAGGAAGACAAGCUCUGGAACUACUGCCUCAGGGCUUCCAGGAAUCCCUAAAUUCCCCGCCUGGGGAUUUAGAGGUAAUUGUCAAAAUGGAACCUAAAGACCCUGGGGAGGAAAUCUCUAGAGGAUUCCCUGAACCGGAUGUUUGUGUUGAAAUAAAAAAAGAACAUUCCUUGGAACCGAACACUGGCUUCCCAAGUGAGGAGUCUAGUGGUGCUAGAGAGGUGAAGAAACACACAGUCUUAAAGAAGGAGGAGACUCAAGCAGCUAACACCUCUUCAGCUUCUCAGGAGCCUUUAGAUGAAGGAAACUCAAAUGUGAGCAGAGGCUCGCCAAAGACUGCCACCUCUGCUGACCCUGAAUUGGUGCUGAGCAGUCCCCCAGGGAAGCCUGAGGACUCAUGUAGUGUUGAUGGUCAGUCAGUGGGGACCCCGGCGGGGCCAGAAACUGGAGGAGAGAAGGAUGGGCCGGAGGAAGAAGAGGAGGAAGACUUUGAUGACCUUACCCAAGAUGAGGAAGAUGAGAUGUCAUCAGCAUCUGAGGAAUCUGUGCUCUCUGUUCCAGAACUCCAGGAAACAAUGGAGAAACUGACUUGGUUGGCAUCUGAAAGGCGCAUGAGUCAGGAGGGGGAGUCUGAGGAAGAGAACUCUCAGGAAGAGAACUCUGAGCCUGAAGAAGAGGAAGAAGAAGAAGCAGAAGGAAUGGAAAGCAUGCAGAAAGAAGAUGAAAUGACAGAUGAAGCAAUUGGAGACCCUGCCGAGAAGCCUCCGGCCAUCUUUGCUUCACCCAAGACUGCUCCGGUAGAGGCCAGCAGGACUCCGCCAGGAGAGAGCAUCAAAGCUUCUGGAAAAGGCCGGAGAAACCAUCGAGCUCGAAAUAAGCGGGGAAGUCGGGCCCGGGCCAGCAAGGACACCUCCAAGUUGCUGUUGCUGUAUGAUGAGGACAUUCUUGAACGGGAUCCACUCAGGGAACAGAAGGAUUUGGCCUUUGCUCAGGCUUAUCUGACAAGGGUACGAGAAGCCUUACAACAUAUCCCUGGCAAGUAUGAAGACUUCCUCCAGGUCAUCUAUGAAUUUGAGUCAAGUACUCAGAGGCAGACAGCUGUGGAUCUCUACAAAAGUCUACGGACUCUACUCCAAGACUGGCCUCAGCUGUUGAAGGAUUUUGCUGCUUUCCUGUUGCCUGAGCAAGCUCUAGCCUGUGGAUUAUUUGAGGAGCAGCAGGCUUUUGAGAAGAGUCGCAAGUUUCUUCGGCAACUGGAAAUUUGCUUUGCUGAGAAUCCAUCACACCACCAGAAGAUUAUCAAGGUCCUCCAAAGCUGUGCAGACUGCCUGCCGCAGGAAAUCACUGAGCUCAAGACACAGAUGUGGCAGCUUCUCAAGGGCCAUGACCACCUACAGGAUGAGUUUUCCAUCUUCUUUGACCAUCUGCGUCCAGCAGCUAGCCGGAUGGGUGACUUUGAAGAGAUCAAUUGGACUGAAGAGAAAGAAUAUGAGUUUGAUGGCUUUGAAGAAGUAGCACUACCUGAUGUGGAAGAGGAAGAGGAACCUCCCAAGAUACCCACAGCUUCAAAGAACAAAAGAAGAAAAGAGAUUGGGAUCCAAAAUCACGAUAAGGAAGCUGAGUGGCCAGAUGGAGCCAAGGACUGUGCCUGUUCUUGCCAUGAAGGAGGUGCUGAUUCCAAGCUGAAAAAGAGCAAAAGAAGACAUUGUAGCCACUGCAGCACCAAGGUCUGUGACAGCAAAUCCUACAAGAGCAAGGAGCCCCAUGAGUUGGUGGGCAGUAGCCCCCACCGAGAACCAAGCCCUGUGCCUGGUGUGAAGGAUGCUGUGCAGAGCAAAGAUGUGAUGGAAGAGGAAGCUCCUGAAGAGCGAGAGAGCCUGGAGGCAACUCAGAGCAGAACUGCCAAGACCUCCAGAAAGGGAGAGGUGAUCAUUACCGGGCUGGCAGUGGAGAGCACUUUGCUGUCCCCUCAAGAAGUGCAUGUUACAGACCCACCCCUCCUGGAUGGACCAACACCUCCCUCUGCAGAGACGCCUCAGCUUCCUCCCCGAACUGGAGCUGUGUUAUCCACUGUUCAGAGGAACCAGACUGGACCUGAGGACCUUUCCUAUCCCAGCGUGUCCCCCAGAAUUCAGAAUGACAGGGAGGACCUUGGGGCAGUGGGUGAGGCAGAGACUUCUGUGCCAGUCUGGAAUGCAGCAGAGACUGAGAAAUUGCCUGGAACUCUUGAAACUCCUGCUUCCUUCCCAAGUACUGUUUCCUCAAGGACCAAAGACUUAGUGGGGAGACAGGUACCUGGGAAACCAGCUUCUCAAGAGAGCUGGCUCCCAUCAAGUAGAGCUAACGUGAAGACAGUGGACAGAAUGUCCCCUGUCCAGGAAUCUGUAUCGGGAACGGACACCUCAGAGACUUCUCCCAAAUCCCCUGGAGGAGGUUUGGCUAAAGACAGCAGCACACAGGCUAAGAGUCCUGAGGGGGAGCAGCAACCGAAGGCCACAGAAGCUACAGUAUGUGCCAACAACAGCAAGGUCAGCUCCACUGGGGAAAAGGUGGUGUUGUGGACAAGGGAAGCUGACCGUGUGAUUCUGACCGUGUGCCAGGAGCAAGGAGCACAGCCACAGACCUUCAGCAUCAUCUCCCAGCAGUUGGGAAAUAAGACCCCUAAUGAGGUUUCCCACCGUUUUCGAGAACUUAUGCAGCUCUUUCACACCGCCUGCGAGGCCAGUUCUGAGGAUGAGGAUGACGCAACCAGCACCAGCAAUACCGACCAGCUGUCUGACCGUGGGGACCUUCUGUCUGAAGAGGAGCUGGAUGAAUGAGACUGUGGGGACUUGUGGGUGUUGUCUUCACUGGAUCAAACUCCCUGGGCACCUGCUGAGGGAGAGGGGGUGUGGACUGUCCUGCACACCCGCGGGCUCAGUAUUCAGAGCUGGAGGAGCAGGGGCUGGAUCUGCUGUUGCGUCAGUCUGGGGCCUUUCACAAAGACCUCAGGAAUGGACACACAUUGUAAAUAGUGUUGGGCAAGAGUGGGGCUCAGUUCUUUUUCUACUUUUUUUUUUCCUGUCUGGUGG